AUGGCCUCCACGCCCACUCUCCCAAUUCCGAUCUCAUACAUAUCUGGUAGAUACCUGCUGUUUUCAAUUGACGCAGUCACUUAUCUGAGACAUGAAUACAAUAUCUGCGGCGUUCUGAUUGGGACCUUGCCCCAAAUCCCUCAGCAGAAUGUGUUUCUGGGCUUACCGCUCGAAUUGAUGCCCGAGGAGGCACGGCUGUUAGUCGACCAGGGUGUAGCUUGCAUCGUAGACGAAGCUAAAGCGCACGGCGGCAUGCGGUCUCUCCUCGAGGAGGAUCGCCGCAAGUAUCUUCGCGAACUAGAAUCCCAGGGUCUCCAUGCCUCUCGCCUCUUUGCAGACCAUAAAGAUCGAAAGCGAGAAAAGGCUUUGCAAAAGAUAGCGGAAAAAAAGGCUAAAGCCAAAGCCAAGACAUCAGAAACCCCAGAACAAGAUUCUGCUGCUGUGGCUGCGUCGCUUACUCCGACGAAGAACGAACCUGCCUCGCUGGAGGAUUUCUUUGGGGAUCGGACAGUCGCAUCUUCAUCUACCAGAGCUUCCUCAAGCACAAUCUCAUCUCCCCAGCAAGCUAUGGGAGUCACACCUGCAACAUCCUAUCCGCCUCUACCAGACCCAACCUCGAUCUCAACUCAACUUCUUCCUCCACCUGAUGUGCCAUUAUCCUUUCCGCUCUUCGCUCAUCUACACUCGCGCGGAUACUUUCUAUCACCGGGACUUCGCUUUGGAUGCCAAUAUGUGGCCUAUCCGGGAGAUCCCCUUCGUUUCCACGCACACUUCCUUGUUGUGUCUGCCGAAUGGGAGGAGAAACUCGACCUGAUGGUCAUUAUCAACGGCGGUCGACUCGGCACCGGUGUUAAGAAAGGCUUUCUUCUUGGUGGGCCGCAGAAGACGAGAGAUGAUGUUGAAACUGAGUCUGAUCGUGCUGAAUCCGUCCGCACAUUCAGUAUUGAAUGGGCUGGAAUGUGA